AUGGAAAUGGAAGCAAGAAAAGAGGAUAAUUCGACAUUUUCUUAUAGUGUGGUCCACCCACUGAGCAGAAACAAAGCUUUACGAAACUUUUGGUACGUAACUGAAAAGGGAGAGAAAUCAAAACCAGAGGAAAGAUUAAAAAUCUCGUAUGAUGAAAUCCAAUCGGCACUGUCACUGAUGAGAAUAAAAGACAAGACCAUUCAGAUGACACCAUGUGACGAGAGUCAACUUCUUCGCAAAAAUGGUUUCGAAAUUUUUCUGAAAAAAGAAUUACACCAGAUAACGGGCAGCGUCAAAGCACGCGGCGCAGUUUAUUCUCUACUACGGUUAUCGAACAAGCAAUGCAAGGGCGUGAUAACAACUUCAACGGGCAGUUUCGCACAUACCCUCUGCCAUUUUGGAAAGGAGUUUGGAAUACCGGUAAAUGUUAUGAUACCAGUAUCAGAAGCCGUUGCAGAAAAAAUCGAUGCGUGUCUACAUCUCGGAGCAUCUGUGUCCCUCGCCAGUUAUGAUAUUGUAGAAGCACAUAAGGAAGCUUUGAAGAAGGCCCAGGAUAAAGGCUUAGUUUACAUUGACGG